GAAGAGGACAACGACCCCCGGUCUCUGCCCGGGGCCUCGGCAUCCCUCCGCCCAAGGGGCAAAGGCGCAGGAGGAGGGACCACGGCACCAAACGUCCCCUCCGCGUCCCUCAGCGCGGGGACAGCCAUGCCGCCCUCCCGCUGGACAGCAGCCUGGCUGCUCCUGCUGCAGGGUUGCUCCGUGGGACGCUCGCAGCUCGCCGCCUCCCCCAGGACCGACAUCAGGGACUGCUCCGUGGACCCCCCGUACCUGCCUCCCACGGCCACCAACAGCUCGGCACAGCUCAGCGCUCUGCGGGACGCCAUGCGUGCCCAUAACAUCCAUGCCUACGUCGUGCCCUCCACGGAUGCCCACAUGAGCGAGUACAUUGCAGACAGGGAUGCCCGCCUGGGCUGGCUCACAGGUUUCACCGGCUCUGCAGGCACCGGCGUGGUGACGGAGGACAGAGCAGCCCUGUGGACCGACAGCCGCUACUGGACGCAGGCAGAGAGGCAGCUGGACUGCAACUGGGAGCUGCAGAGGACCACGUGGAUUGAGUCCAUCGGGACGUGGAUCAUGGAGUUGGUUCCUGCAGGGGGGAACGUCAGCCUGGACCCCUUCCUCUUCUCCAUCGACACAUGGAAGAGCUACCAGGAGGCCCUGCAGGGCUCCGGCAUCACCCUGCUGCCCAUGGAGACCAACCUUGUGGACCAAGUGUGGGGCAGCCAGAGACCCCCUUUACCUUCCGGCAACAUCUACAGCCUCCCAGAGGAGUUCACAGGGAGCAGCUGGCAGGAGAAGGUGGCUGGGAUCCGGCAGCAGAUGGAGGAGCACACGCGGAGUCCCACAGCUCUGCUGCUCUCAGGGCUGGAGGAGACGGCCUGGCUCUUCAACCUCCGCGGAGACGACAUCCCCUACAACCCCGUCUUCUAUUCCUACACCCUCCUGACCACCACCAACAUCAGCCUGUUUGUGGACUCUGCACGGCUGACAGCGGAGGCUCAGCAGUCGUUGCGCUCCGGCUGCCCGGGGCCGCUCUGCGUGGAGCUGUGGGACUACGGGCAGGUGAGCGCCCACCUCCAUCACUACGCUCAGGGCAACGUCACCAUCUGGCUGGGCACUGAAUACACCACCUACGGCCUCUACAGCAUCAUCCCCCAGGAGAAGCUGCUGGAGGACAGCUACUCUCCGGUGAUGCACGCCAAGGCUGUGAAGAACGCCAAGGAGCAGGAACUGCUGCGAGCAGCCCACGUUCGGGAUGCGGUGGCUGUCAUCCAAUACCUGCUGUGGCUGGAGAAGAUGGUGCCGCAAGGGCUGGUGGAUGAGUUUUCGGGUGCCCGCCACAUCGAUGCCCUCCGCUGGGCACAGCAGCACAGCCACGGGCCCAGCUUUGAGUCCAUCUCUGCCAGCGGGCUCAACGCGGCGCUGGCACACUACAGCCCAGCCAACGGCAGCAGCCGGCAGCUGUCAGUGGAUGAGAUGUACCUGGCGGACACCGGCGGGCAGUAUCUGGAUGGCACCACGGACAUCACACGCACCGUGCACUGGGGCACGCCGACCUCGCUGCAGAAGGAAGCCUACACCCGUGUGCUGAUGGGCAAUAUUGACCUCUCCCGCCUCGUUUUCCCAUCUGACACAGCUGGGAGAACAGUGGAGACCUUUGCCCGCCGGGCGCUCUGGGAAGUGGGGCUCAACUAUGGCCAUGGAACCGGGCACGGCAUCGGCAACUUCCUCUCGGUGCACGAGUGGCCGGUGGGCUUCCAGUCCAACAAUGUGCCGCUGACUGCAGGCAUGUUCACAUCCAUCGAGCCCGGCUACUACCAGGACGGUGAGUUUGGCAUCCGCAUCGAGGACAUCGUGCUGGUGGUGGAGGCACAGACCAAGCACCUUACAGGGGAGAAGCCCUUCCUGACCUUUGAGGUGGUGUCCCUGGUGCCCUACGACCGCAACCUCAUCGACGUCAGCCUCCUGUCACAGGAGCACAUCCAGUACCUGAACGCCUACUAUGAGACCAUCCGUGCACGUGUGGGGCCGGAGCUGCAGCGGCAGCAGCUGGAGGAGGAGUACAGCUGGCUGCAGCGAAACACUGAGCCCUUCCCACUGAGCAGCGCUGCCUCCACCACCACCGCCAUGCUGGCCAUCACCUCCCUCAUCUCUGUGCUGCUGGCCGAGCUGCAGGCCUGAUCCUGCCACCAACAGCCAGGGACGUUUCUUCUCCCUGUUGCUCGCUUCCUCGUUAUGUCCUUUUUUUUUCUUUUAAUAUUUGUUCUUUGCACUUAAA